AUGUUCUCCAAACUGCACUUGAAUCGUCUUCUGAAUCAUGCUUCUUCUGAUAAUUCCGGUAAGUUGAGUUUUCUUUCCAUGGGUUAUGAGGAUCACCCUUUUAAAUCCAACCAACUCUACUAUUUUGAAUAUACAAAUGAGAAUAAUAUUAGUAGCAUCAGAAGGAUCAAUUUAACCUUUCCUUUUGUUUUUUACGACGUCGUUGGCUCGUUUAAUGGUUUGGUUUGUAUUUAUGGGAGACAAGAUCAUGAGAUAUAUGGACCUGCAUGUAUAUGUAACCCAAUUACCAGAGAGUCUGUAAUUCUUCCAAAAUGUAAAAAUCCAACAAAUUUAAGAUGGAAUCAUCUGUUCGAUGGAUUUGGUUACUUGCCAUCAACUGAUGAGUACAAAGUUGCUAGAAUGUACGCGUUACUAGGAGAAACGAAGAAUUCUGUAGAGGUGGAGAUAUAUACUCUUGACAGUGGUACUGGAUGGAGAAACCUUGGAAUGUUUGACUAUAAUUUGGAAAUUUCUCAUGGCGUACACGGUGCCUCUGCAAAUGGAGCUCUUUAUUGGAUAGACAUGGAAGAAAGGGUUGUGGCUUUUGAUUUGGCCGAGGAAAGGUUUCGUGGAUAUUUAUCGCCACCUUCUUUGCCACUUCAUCUUAAAUCGGUUGUGUCUACAUUAAGAGUUUGGGAUGGAUUUUUACUGUAUAAUGCCAACCAUGAUAAGAAUUAUAGCUUUGAAUAUGAAAUAUGGAGACUGAAAACAGAGAAUGAUAACCAUGAGUCUUUGGGUUGGAGUAAAGCGCACACUGCUGUCAGAAGUGAACCGUUUGCCUUCACCAAGAGUGGUUGUGUUUUACGGUACCAGAAUUCCUGGUUUUAUAUCGACGACCCAAAAUCUUGA